AUGGCGUUCCAGAAGAACCGAUACCGGUCGGCGGCCGACGCCAACACAUUUGCGGCUCGCUACCGUGCGCAUAUGGCCAAGCACCCGUUUUUGCUCUUUGGGCUGCCGUUCAUGGCCGUGAUCAUUGGCGGGUCGUUUGUCCUGACGACGGCGACGGCGAUACGCUACGAACGGCACGACCGCAAGGUGCGCAUGGUAUCGCGCGAGGACGAGCUGGGCAUCGGCAAGAGCGGCCGGCGGGUGAACAUGCGUGAAGAAUACAACCGACUGGCACACAAGGAUCUGGACAACUGGGAGCAGAAACGUGUUGAGCGCCUGAAGGGCGAAAGCGACGGCGUGUUGUAA